AUGGAGAAGUAUGAGAAGAUAUUAAAAAUUGGCAGAGGAGCAACAGCUGAAGUUUUUCUUAUGAGGAAUAAAGAAACCAAAAAAACAUAUGCUGUGAAGAAAAUUAAAGUAGAUGCAUCUAAGCGUACCAGGACUAAAGAGUCUAUAUUUCGUGAAGCAGUUAUCAUGGGCAAACUUUUCCACCCAAAUGUUGUUGUGUGCCAGGAAUACUUCUGUGACCCGGAGGAUGAAUUUGUUUUUAUCGUUCAAGAUUACUGUGAUGGAGGGACGUUAGAUGAUCACAUCAAGCAAAGGAAGGGUGUCCUCUUCCCAGAAGACACCAUCAUGGACUGGUUUAUUCAGUUGACGAUGGCCAUUCAGUAUAUCCAUUCCUUGAAAAUUCUUCACAGAGAUAUCAAAACUUCAAACGUCUUUCUUACCAAAAAGGGCACGAUACGGCUUGGGGAUUUUGGUAUCUCCAAGAUUAUGUCUAACACUAUGGAUAUGGCAAGCACAUGUGUGGGAACGCCCUAUUACCUCAGUCCAGAGAUGUGCCAAGACGUUCCGUAUAGUUCCAAAUCAGAUAUUUGGGCUCUUGGAUGUUUACUUUAUGAAAUGUGUGCCUUGAAACCAGCAUUUGAUGCAACAAACAUAUUAAGUCUGUUUUUCAAAAUUGUGAAAGAGAAUUAUGCCCCCCUGGCAGACUCCUACUCCACUGAUUUACAUCUGUUGGUUAAAACCGUUUUGGACAAAAGCCCUGAAACUAGACCUAGUGCAAAUAGCAUUCUAAGCUUACCCUUUGUUCAAGAACAUUUAAAACAAUUCAUACAGAAACAUGAAUUUUAUUUAUAUAAGCAAACUUUGGAAAAGAAAGACAAUGGAGACGUCGGUCCUUCAGAAAAUCGGAGCAAAACAUCCAUAGCAUAUUAUGAUGUCUCCAAAGAGGACUAUAGACCUAAGUCUGCUCCACCAAGCUCUCAAAGACUAAUUGGUGGUUCUUGUGAAUUGUGGGAUUCUGAGGAAUUAUCAGGCACUGCGGAUGGAUCUGACUACUCUGAGGACUUUGACAAGGACAGUUUGGCUUCUGUUGAGGAAGAUCUGGAUGAGGAACCUUGUCAGAACGAGGAGAUUCCAGAGGAGCUUGGUAUUGGUGAUGAUGAAGGGCCUGAUGAUUAUCCUGAUGAUUUUGAAGAGGCUGAAGGAAACACCCUGGAAAUGAUGGUGAACCACGCCAGGUCAGCAUUGGAUGUGUCUGCUGAUAAUGACAGCUUCCAUGAUGAUCAAGAAGAUGAGGGCAUCCAUACUUUGUCAGAAACACUAAAGACGCUUUGCCAGCAGUGUAUAGAUGACGUUGGUCCAACCUUGUACAAUGAGCUCUCCAGCCAGUUCUUAAAAGGCCUGACACCAGAAGACCUUCAGCCUCAGUUUGAACACAAGAUGGGUCCAGACAGACUUGAGACAUGCUACCUUGUCUUCAACAUGGAUCAGGAUACUUCCAGACCCACACCAGAGUGA